CUUAUGUGCGGAUGUUUAGCUUGCUAGCUAGCUAGCAUGACUCAACAUAAACUAGAGUUUAUUUUUUUUAAUCGCGUAUUUUAGGUAACUUUAGUAAUUAGUCCAGCUUUAAAUCAUAAAAUUUAAUUAAAGUUCGUCCUAAUGGCUGAAAAGAGGCGGUCGGGGGUCGCUGCGGAGCCCAAAUCAGCUAAAGGCGAGAGCGAUGAGGAGUUUCUGUCCCACGCCGGAGUGGACGCACUGCUCCGGGGCGCGCUGCUGAAACUGGUGGAGGCCCGACCGGAGGAUCCGAUAGGGUUUCUGGCUGAGCAUUUCACUAACGAGGCGUCGGAGACUGAGAGCGCUGGAGGAGGUGAUGGAGAAGGAAGGUGUCAGGAGGAGGAGCAGCAGCUGAACAAGGCGCUCUGGCAUCUGAGCUCAGCGCAUCACUCACAGAGAUCUGCCUUCAACAGCAACAUCCGUGUGGCUUAUGAUCUGCUUAGCCAGUGUGGCUCCGCCCGGCAUGUACCUGGUGGAGUCCAAGGCCGACUCUACACCGAGAUGCUGCGGUGUGUGUGUAGUGACAGUGGCCUGUCGGAGAAAGCGGCCGCCCUGCUCCUGCGUCGCCUGCAGUGCCAUGAUUAUGAGGCUGUGCCCUUUGAGCUCUUCCGGCAGGCGGUGCUGACGUGCGCAGCGUUCUCCGAGUACAUACACAGAGCACGAUGCCUGUACGCUGCCGUGGCGUGCUACCCUGAGCGGCCUGCAGAGCGGGAAUUAUGUGAUGCUGUCCUGAACGCUCUGCGAGAGGCACUAGACACCUCACACGGGCCUGACGCCACACGUUACCUAGAGGCCAGCGCAAAGAUCUCACCUGCUGAGCUGGCACGGGCCAUGGUCAAGACACGAGGUCCCAGCAGGGAGCAGGAAGGGCCGAGCACGGACAUGCGUGAGUUUGAGGACGCUGCCGCAGCACUCUUUAUAUCCAGGGUGCGAGUGGUAAACUAAGGCUACAUCCACACGACAACGGCAACGAGAUGUUAUUUAAAAAUAUAUCGCGUCCAAAUGGGCAACGAUCAGUAAAAUAUCAGGUCCAUAUGGCAACGCAACGCUUGCUGAAAACGAUGCAAUACACAUGCCACACCUCUAGGGGCGCUGUAAGACGGUCCCUUCGGAGACACCAGAACAAUAGAAGUAGUAAGGACGCAUGCGCAUAAACUAUUAUGCGCGAGACUUCAUAUUAGCCACAAAGUCAGGAAAAUCUGUUCGUAAAAUUACGUUAUAAUGACCAAAUACAAUGAAAAGUAUUUUUUCAGUCUCACCUGUGAAAGGUAAUCCCAUGUGAUCUCGUUUGGACGGCAAACCUGUUGGUACAGUUAAACGCAGCUAAUCUUUAUUCUCCGCUUUGACCUAUCCAAUAUGGCAGCGAGGAUGACGUAUGAUUCUACGCGGAAGGCGGCAUCUUUAAUGGUCAGGAAUAAAUUGAAUGCUACACGUUGAUGGAUUAAUUUGUUGUUUCUCACCUGUGAAAGGUAAUCCCAUGUGAUCUCGUUUGGACGGUAAACCUGUUGGUACAGUUAAACGCAGCACAUUAAUCUUUAUUCUCCGCUUUGACCUAUUCAAUAUGGCGGCGAGGAUGACGUAUGAUUCUACGUGGAAGGCGGCGUCUUUAACGGUCCGGAAUAAAUUGAAUGCUACACGUUGAUGGAUUAAUUUGCUCUUCUACGCCCUUUUUGAGGAAUGUAUUGUAGGACUUAAACCAACAUCUGAAGAGGUGAGAUCGCUCCUUUUUUUCCCUAUUUUUGCUGGCGGGAUUGACUCUGCCCUAAGGGCAGAGUCUCUCUCUCGCUCACUUUGCACCAUUACACAAUAAAUAUUCACAGUGAAAAUAUUUUGUAAGGGCGUUUCAUGAACCAAGUUAUAGGAUUUGUUGACAACUCGCAUCGAGUUCGUUACACUUCUACCCGGCGUGAAGCACUCACAGUCGUGGUUGUGACGUCAUCGUAAACAAAUCCGUUCUACUCAUCCAGACGACUUCACAACGGCAACGUUGCCAGAUCUUUCCACUCUGGAACCCGUUCUCAAAAAGAUUGCGUUUUGGGCACCCAAAACGCUGGUGCCAUGUGGACGCCAGGCCUAAACGAUAAGCAAUUGUAUCGGAGUCACCUGAAUCCGUUGCCGUGUGGACAGGGCCUAAGUUAGAGUGCAGGUAAAGACAUCUGUUAUUAGGACUGAAGUGUUACUAAUAAACCGUCGUCUCCUCAAAUUCAUAAAAAGCGCAUUUGGGCUGAAGGUUCUGACAUCUGAACAUAUGCAUACUAACUCCUCAUUUGAUUUUAUGUUCUGUUCUUAAAACAGCAUUCACGGUUUGUCUCUGUGCUUACACUACAUGUACAUUUAAUAUUUUUUCAAUAUUUCUCUGUAAGUCAAACACUCAUCACAUCACCAGAUUCGUUGAUGACAGAGGUCAGAGGGGAAUGGCCAGACUGGUUUGAGCUGACAGGAAGACUAUAGCCUCGGUCACAACCGGCCGUACGUGCUCCUUCGGCCGGUCUACGUGCAAAAAACGCAAGAAACGCACAGAGGGCGCGCGUGUGACGUGCUGAUUUUCGAGCCGUAGACUGGCCGCAGACUGGCUGCAGAGGUUCUUUGUCAUGUCAAACAAACUCUACGGGCGCUUAUGUUUUUUUCAGGUUGCAAGACAAACUUACGGCCAACGUGUGUCUUUCUCCACGAACAAAAAAAACGCAGCGAUUUGGGAAAUGCCAAAAAUCACACGGCCAAAAAAUCAUAUGUCCGGUUGUGACCUAGGCUUAAGGUAAAUCAAAUAACCACUAUUUACAACCAUGGUGAGAAGCAAAGCAUCUCAGAAGUCUGACCAGUCAUAUUCAACAGCUCAGUAAUGCCGCGCUAUAUCAAUGAGCAUGAGUCUUUCUGCAACUCUUAAUUAUAAGUCUAAAUUAUUUAAAUUUGGUUGAAUAAUAUACACUCUCAGAAAAUAAUGUACACUCUUAUACAUACAGGACACUUUUUCGAUGGAAUAAAAACGUGUUCUAUUCCCUUCUAGUGAGUUUCAUUCAUUUGGUUUGAUCGCAUGCAAUAUUGUUAGCAUAUCGCUUAUCCUACGUGUAUUACAUCACUCUACCUAAUGGAGAAUGAGCGUUGAAUAUGGUUUAAGAUAUUGCAUGGUUGUCAAGACAACAUGACGUCACACAUCGGAGACGUAAAACUUACGCGCUCGUGAGCGACUGUGACAAUUUGUAAACAAACACGGCCGCCAGGUUUGCUUCGUUAAAUACGGAAGAUUUAGAGAGAAUUUUCAAAGAGAAAGACGCGUUGAACACCCGAAAGAAAUGUGUAUGUAUAAUAGUAAUAAUAUUGGCUGGCUUUUUUUCAUGGUAUAUCAGAUAUAUUUCAUUCUGCCAGGAUGAUAUUGAACUCAUCUUCAACUCGUUCAGUAUUAUGCUAGCUGAAUGGAAUAUAUCUAAUAUACCACUCAACGCCAUCCAUCCAUCCAUUAUCUGUAGCCGCUCAUCCUGUGCAGGGUUGCAGGCAAGCUGGAGCCUAUCCCAGCUGACUACGGGCGAAAGGCGGGGUACACCCUGGACAAGUCGCCAGGUCAUCACAGGGCUGACACAUAGACACAGACAACCAUUCACACUCACACCUACGGUCAAUUUAGAGUCACCAGUUAACCUAACCUGCAUGUCUUUGGACUGUGGGGGAAACCGGAGCACCUGGAGGAAACCCACGCGGACACGGGGAGAACAUGCAAAUUCCGCACAGAAAGGCCCUCGCCAGCCACGGGGCUCGAACCCGGACCUUCUUGCUGUGAGGCGACAGCGCUAACCACUACACCACCGUGCCGCCCCUCAACGCCAGCCAAUAUUAUUUAAAUAUUCUAUCUACAUUCACUGGAUAUGAACAACCGCACGCUCUGAUUGGCUACUCUACUACUAGGAUAUCAGCUCAUAUACCGUGAGUAGAGAAAAACAAAAUCCCAGUGUGUUGCUGAACAAACCGAGGAUGAAAUAAAAGCUACUCGAAAAUAAAACCCUAAAAAAUACAAAAAAGGCAACAAAAUAUGGAAUAAAAGUAUUGGUAAGAAUGUUUUUUUUUUUCAAGAUUUAUUACACCAUUUUUCACAAAUUGCUCCCCUCAUUUCGCCAGUUUGUUUACAUUCAUAGCGGAAAUGAUUUUGGCAAAUGUUUUGUAUAAAGGUUUUAUUUAUUGAAUUUGCAAAAAAUAAACUAAAAAUGCUCUGUUUCUUAAAAUCCAGUGAGCGUGGAUAGAAUAAAACAGUUAUUCCACUCAGUAUCGUCGUACAUGGUUUAUAGCCAACUUGGCGCUAUGCACCUCGUUGGCUAUCAGCUCAUGUACGACUCGAUUUCGUGGAAUAACUGUUUCAAUAUUGUCUCUUUAGAGCAGGGGUCAUCAAACUCCGGCCCGCGACCCCCCUUUGACCGGCCCCCCAGCCCCUCACCACUUGAACCGACCCUAUGAGGCAAUCCCCCAAAGUGGUCAUGGCCUAUUUUUUUAAAUUGCUUUUUGGCAAAUAACAUGUCUGCAUCUUGUAUUUUGUUGAUUUUAUCAAUUAAAAUGGAUAUUUAGUUAUAAAAUGAACUAUUCAUAUUUUCCGAAUUUUUGUCAUAUGCUCGCGAUCAAGCAGUGACAGGCAGCGCACGCGCAGAGAACUGUCAGUGUUCAGGACAGCAAAAUGGCUAGCGGUAAGCGAAAAGUUGACAGAGUGCAGAGUUUUUAAAGAACAGUGGACCACCGAUUAUUUUUCGUUCAGUGUAAGGACCGUGCAGUUUGUCUUGUAUGUAAAGAAAGUGUGUCGGUUUUCAAAGAAUAUAAUCUGCGUCGUCACUACGAAACCCGCCACAAAGAGUAUGCUAGUUUGCGAGGGCAAACAAGAGAAGACAGGAUUCGGAGGAUGAAAUGCGGACUGGCUGCACAACAGAAUGUAUUCCUUCACCAAACCCAGAUCAACCAGGCUGCUGUCCGAGCUAGCUAUAAGGUAGCUCACCUACUAGCUACCCAUGGAAAGCCGUUUACUGAUGGGGACUUUGUUAAAGUAUGCAUGCUUGCUGUGGCCGAGGAGGUGUGUCCCGACAAGAAGGAUGCGCUCAACGCGGUGAGUCUCUCCGCACCUACUAUGACCAGGCGAACCGAAGAUUUGGGGGACAACGUGUAUGACCAGCUGAAUGAGAAAGCGUCAGAAUUCGAGUUUUUUGCUUUGGCCAUGGAUGAGAGCAAUGACAUACAGGACACAGCACAACUGCUGUGAUCUAUUGCUCAUAUUAUAAUUUCACUGUUUUUUAAAUGUAUUUAUUUUAUAGGCCUAUUUAUUUGACCUUUAUUAAGUGCUGCACACAAUUAUUACUAAUAAAAAUCAACAGGCCUACCUACAAUUUAUAAUUUUUCACUCACCUUUGCCAGUGUCAAUCACCUCAACUAGGCAGAUGUUUCUUACCUUGACAGCUUUGAUGUUAUUUUUAUUAGAAAAUAAAUAAAUGGAAUA